CUGCUGUAAGAUGGUUGACUUGCAGCCACUAACACUCAAAGAAGAAGGGGAAGAAGCAGCAGUAAUCGGUUGGGAACCUGCCUGCAUCAUCUGCCGAUCGAGCCAGGAACCGACCAGCAGAACCGGAGAAAAAUGGCGUUCACAUUCGCGGCCUUUUGCUACAUGCUCGCACUGCUGCUAACGGCCGCGCUUAUCUUCUUCGCUAUCUGGCAUAUAAUCGCUUUCGAUGAGCUGAAGACUGACUACAAGAAUCCUAUAGAUCAAUGUAACACUUUAAAUCCGCUGGUGCUCCCAGAGUAUCUUAUCCACUUCUUCUUCUGCGUGAUGUUCUUCUGUGCGGCCGAGUGGCUCACCCUCUGUCUCAACUUACCACUGCUGGCUUAUCAUGUCUGGAGGUAUAUGAGCAGACCUGUGAUGAGCUGUCCAGGACUUUACGACCCAACAACCAUCAUGAACGCUGACAUCCUGGCGUACUGUCAAAAAGAAGGCUGGUGCAAACUGGCUUUCUACCUCCUGUCAUUCUUCUACUAUCUCUACGGGAUGAUCUACGUUCUGGUGAGCUCUUAAAUGGUGCGAUGAAGCAAAAGGACCUGCAUGUACAGUAAACGACCAGACACUAUGAUCUUAGUGCUGGAGCACUGGACCUGCUGGAGACCACCUUUCAGCAACACAAGACGCCAUUUCCAAGUGGACAAACCUGUCAUUUCAGAAACAUUUAGCCAGUUUUAAGAGAAUCCUGGUUGCAGUGUUCCUCUCAUAGCACUAUAGUUACAAAGCUUUUAUGGAAAAUACGGACAGACCUGAAUGGACACAUCUUUCUCUCUCUUCUUUUUUCCCUGUUUUUUUUUAAUAGUGUUUUUUUUGUUUUUUGUUUUUUUAUGCUUGGGAUUGAAAAUAAAGUUUGCUUUUUUUUCAUCACGUUUCCCAACUGUUGAGUGUUUACAGACUAGGUAGACAUUUUCAGGUGUGCAUUUAUCUGUGAGAAUCUAAGCUGUGUGCUGAACUGCAUUAGCUUUUUCUGUGAAUAAGAUCCCGGGCUUUAAAAGCCAAUUUACACCUGCCACGUGACUCAUUACCAUGACUAAAAUGAACAGCGGAGUGUAAAACAGACUUUUGUUCUUGCCCGCAGAUGCAGAAGGUCUUAUAACGUGACACUUUGAGGGCUGAAGUGCAUGUUAACGAAACGUGUCGCACAAGGACGGUAGUAGUCUGGUUGUCGGUUAUCACCUUUCAAGCUAUCUGAUGUAUUGUUUCCAUGCAUCCCUGUCAAACUAUUGCUGAUAUGUUUUCUUAAGUGUGGACCGCCAUGUGUGUGAUCUGUAGACCCGUCCUUGCAGGUAUCUGUAAAUAAAAGGUAGACUCAACAGUACUAUAAUGCAGCGGUUCCCACGGACUGGUUUGAGCCCGACAAUAUUUUCACGGACCGGCCUUUAAGGUGUCGCGGAUAAAUACAACAAAAAACUAGUACCGGUACUGAAA